CGUGUGUGUUUGUCUUCGCCUUAUCCUCCAGCACUUGAGCUGAGCCAGAGAGAGACUGCAACAUGUUGGCCCACACACUGCUGGUGUUGACGGCCCUGGUGCUGGCCCACGGUGCUCCUCAGGAGAGGGGCGACACGGACGCGCUGACCCAGCUCACGGCCCAGGUGGAGGAGCUCAAGACCAGACUGACCGUUGCAGAGAAAGAACUCCAGGAAGUGAGAGAUGUACCAAAAGUUGCCUUCUCGGCAUCACUGGGUGGAAAUGGACUGGUUCAAGUCGGGGAUGCUUACAAGACACUCAUCUACAAAGAUGUCAUCACGAAUAUUGGCGAAGCAUACGACAUUGAAACAGGAAAGUUCACGGCGCCCGUGAGGGGAGUUUACUACGUGCGCAUGACCGCUAACGGCCCGACAGAUAAAGACCUCUCCGCCGUGCUCUACAAGGGCUUUGAGAGUCUGCUGAUCGUUCACGAGCAGACCUCGGGUGAGGGGAGCGACACUGCGUCCAACGGCGCCACCUUUCUGCUCGAGAGGGGAGACCAGCUUCACGUUAAGCUCUGGCCAAACACACAAAUCUGGGACAACUCCAACCGGCACAGCACCGUCACAGCCUUCCUGCUCUACCCCAUGCCGGCGGACACAACACCACCACCACCAUCACUCGAAAGACUUUAAUGUCCCAUCGACACCAUGUGUUUUAGCUUUAGGAAUCGUGAUAAGAAAUAAAUCAAAUGCCUACUUUGUAUGUGUGUGAGCGUACAUAUUUCUGACCAUCACAAUAAAGAUUGAGAACAAAUAAA